AGUCCCUCGCUGCCCUGCUGCCCUGCGUCGGAGCGCACCUGCCUCGCGCGGCGUCUAGCUCGGUCUCGCGGUCGGUGUCGUACAGACGCUUGCCUGGACGCCGGGACAGUCCGGAGCGGGCUGCGAGAUGGCCUCUGUGGUCUUUGAGGAUGUGGCUGUGUACUUCACCCCGGAAGAGUGGGCUUUGUUGGAUCGAGGUCAGAGGAAGCUCUACAGAGAUGUGAUGCUGGAGACCUGCAGGAACCUGGCCGCAGUGGAUUGUUGCACUCAAGUUAAAACUUGUGGAUCAAGGACUCAGCUGAAUAUUUUGGAGAAUGAACUAUCCAGUGAAGAGAAAAUAGUAAGAUUUACAAGAAAUGAUCCCUGGGCUCUUUUUCGAGAAAACCCGGUGUUUCAUAACAUUGAUGAUCAGUCCCAAUCCCAGGAGAGGCGUUUGAGAAGUCCUUUGGUGGAGAGUGUCUGUGAACGUAUUGAAGGAGAUCCAUGUGGAGAAACCCUGAACCCGAUUACAAGUCUUACUGUGCAUGAGGGGUAUCCCACUGGAGGCAAAUCCUGUGAAUGCGCUAAGUGUAGAGAAGCCUUCGCAGAUGGUUCCUUCCUUGAGAAACUGCGAAGACCUCACCCAGGACUCAAACCUAGUCCUGGUGAGGAGUGUGGCCCAGCCUGCAGCUCUGUCUCGAGCCUCAGCACUCAUGUGGACGCAGACCUUGUAGAGAAACCCUAUGAAGGUCAGGACGCUGGGAGAGCAUCUGACACAUACGCGAAGAGUCUCAGUAGUAAAAUAUCUCUAGAGUGCAAGAAAUGUGGAAAAGCUUUCACUUGCACGUCUUCCUUUCAGGGUCAUGUGCGAGGUCCCUGUGGACAGAGUGUCCAUGCGUGUGACGUGUGUGGGAAAACCUUCUUGUAUCACUCCUACCUUACACGUCAUGUGAGAACUCACACGGGGGAGAGACCCUAUGAAUGUAUGGAGUGUGGGAAAACCUACAGUUGCCUCUCAUAUUUUCGAGAACACAUGAGAUCACACACUGGAGAGAAACGCUAUGAAUGUAAGGAGUGUGGCAAGACAUUCAAGUACCCUGCAUCCCUGCAGGGACACCUGAUGACGCACACUGGAGAGAGACCUUACCUGUGUCAGCAGUGUGGGAAAGCCUUCAGUUGUCCCAAAUACUUUCGAAGACACGUGAGAACGCACAGUGGGGUGAAGCCCUAUGAAUGUACGUUAUGCGAGAAAGCCUAUAGUUGUUCCUUAUCCCUCCGGGAGCACGUGAGGACGCACAGCGAAGAGAGGCCCUAUGAGUGUAAGGAGUGUGGGAAGGCUUUCAGACACCCCCGAUACUUCCAGAGGCACGUGAGGAUGCACAGUGGGGUGAAACCCUAUGUGUGUAAGGAGUGUGGGAAAGCGUACAGUAGCUCCACGUCGCUUCAGGAACACGUGAGGUCGCACACGGGGGAGAGACCCUUUGAAUGCCAGCAGUGUGGGAAAGCCUUCACGCGUCACUCCUCCCUCCAAGGUCACGUGAGAGCACACAGUUUGGAGAAACGUUACGAGUGUACGCAGUGCGGGAAGGCCUUCCGUUGGUCCUCGUCCUUGCAGAAGCACGUGAGAACGCACCGUGAAGAGAAGCCCUACGAGUGCCAGCAGUGCGGCAAAGCCUUCUGGUAUCCCGCGAACCUGCGGGCGCACGUCAAGACCCACACGGAGGAGAGACCUUAUGAGUGUCCGCACUGUGGGAAAGCCUUCAGUUGUCACUCCUCCCUGCAAGUACAUGCGAGAAAGCACAACGGAGUGAAACCCUACGAGUGUAAGGAGUGUGGGAAGGCCUUCUGGUAUCCCGUGAACCUGCGCGCUCAUGUGAGGACGCACACGGGAGAGAGACCUUACGAGUGCCAGCAGUGUGGGAAGGCCUACAGGUGUCCCGCAAACCUGCGGGUCCACGUGAGGACGCACACGGGGGAGAGACCCUACGAGUGCCAGCAGUGCGGGAAGGCCUUCAGGUAUCCCGCAAACCUGCGGGCGCACGUGAGGACGCACACGGGGGAGAGACCCUACGAAUGUCCGCACUGUGGGAAGGCCUUCAGGUACCCCACAAACCUGCGGGCGCACGUGAAGAUGCACACUGGGGAGAAACCCUGAAUGCACAAUCACGCUGUUUUCCCUCAUAUCUCAUUGUAAGUCCAGUCGGACACACGGGCAAGAAACGUGAUGUACGAAUGUAAAGAAUGUUGGAGAACCUUCAGGCAUAGCACCUCAUUUAUUUUGUACAUAAAGCGUCAGGGCUGGACGGCAGUUUUUGUUAUAAAUUUUCUCGUGCCUCAGAAGUGCCUCGUCUGUAAUAGGGAUCUCUGUUGUAUUUAUUUCCACUGCAUGCUGCUGAUAUGAACACCCAAGAUAAAACAUUCCUGAACAUCCCCAGUUUCUGUAUGAAAUAUAUUUUGCUAUCUCAGACAUAAAAAGACUGUACAGUUCUAUAAAAUGUGUCUCAUUUCCACGACGAUGUCUUCUGGACCCAGGGCUGAUCAGUGGUCCGUACGUGUAUCUCGUCCUCUGGUGCAGAGACUAGAAUUCCCCGACUCCGCCCUGCCCCUCCUUGCGGUCUUUAUUAUCGAAAGUUGUGUCUCCACGUGUGCUGUUGCUGCCGUGUGCCCACCUGUGUUCCCCAUGGACGUUAGUAAACGCGCAAGGAUACUGGA